AAAAAAAAGUAUAUAUACAUGAGAUAUGCAUCACUUUUUUUUUCAAGUUCUCUCGCUGAUUGUAAACAUGAUCGCAAAAGAUUGGGCAAAAUUAAAAACUGAUUAUGAAAAAGAUAUAAUGAUACGCCGAGCAAGAAUUGCAAGAAUAAUUAACAUAUUCGGUUAUAUAUUAAUAUGUAUCUUGAUAUGGUUAUUGAUGAUUCUACCAAGAUUCGGUAUUACUAUUCGAUAUGUAACGAAUGAAACGGAUGCAAAAAAACUUUUUCCGUUACCAACUUAUUAUAUUUUUGAUGUAUCUGAAACUCCAUAUUUCGAAAUAAUAUAUGUUCUUCAAUCUAUCAGUCUUUUAAUAGCGGCAUUUUGUUAUGCUGGAGUUGAUAAUUUUUUUGGAAUAUUGAUCCUUCAUAUUUGUGGCCAAUUAACAAAUCUUCGAUUUCAGCUCGCAAAUAUGAAAGAAUCAGAAGCUUCUAAUUUCAUUCUAAUAGCUAUUGUAAAAGAUCACAUACGACUCAUCAGAGCAGCAAAUGUGAUCGAAAAUACAUCAACAGUUUUAUUUCUCAUUUUGUUACUUAAUUUUGGAAUGUGUGCUUGUGUAUAUGGUUUGUUAAUAAUCACUAUAUACAUUGAAGAAGAACAAUUUUCUCUGCUUCGAAUAAUAUAUUUAAUAUGUAAUUUUACAAAUACAUUUCUUCAAACGUUUCUCUAUUUUAUGGCAGGACAAAUGUUAGUAACUCAAUCCGAGGAAGUGCAUAAUGCUGCAUAUGAAUGUGAGUGGGUAAGUUUAAAAUACACGAAAGCAAAAAGUUUGAUUAUAAUUAUGGCGAGAUCAAAGAAGCCGCUUUAUUUAACUGCAGGAAAAUUAUUUCCUGUAACGAUGUUAACAUUUUGUAAUAUAUUAAAAAUUUCGCUCAGCUAUAUAUCCUUCUUAUUAACAAUAUUAUAAGAUAUU